UAUAUACGGUGCUGCUUCUACUUUCUACUCUGCAAGAAAUGGAGCAUAAAUUCUGGGUUGUUACCUUGUUUUGCCUCUUGUUCCUCAGCCCUCUUGUGUCCUGUCAGCUUAAUUAUAGAUUCUAUGAUGCCACUUGUCCCAACCUGACCAGGAUUGUUCAAUCUGGCGUUUGGUCAGCUAUUGCAAAUGAUUCUAGAAUUGCAGCCUCACUUUUGAGGCUUCACUUCCAUGAUUGCUUUGUUAAUGGAUGUGAUGCAUCUUUGUUGCUUGAUGAUACCGGCAGUCUUAUUGGGGAGAAAAAUGCACCGGGCAACAAAAAUUCAGUCAGAGGUUUUGAGGUGAUUGACACAAUCAAGUCAAAUGUGGAGGAAGCUUGCCCAUCCACUGUUUCUUGUACUGACAUAAUCACUCUUGUGUCAAGAGCAGCUGUUUAUUUUAGUGGAGGGCCAUAUUGGCCUGUACCCUUGGGUCGUCGAGAUAGCACAACAGCAAGUGAAAAUGCAGUUAGGGAACAGUUGCCAUCACCCUUUGAGCCCUUGGAGAACAUCACUGCAAAAUUUACAGCAAAAGGCCUUGACAUAAAGGAUUUGGUUGUGCUCUCAGGUGCACAUACCAUCGGCUUUGCUCAAUGCUUCACUUUCAAGACAAGACUCUUCAACUUUGGUGAGUCUGGCAAGCCUGACCCAACAUUAGACGCAUCACUUUUACAAAAUCUGCAAAGUUUGUGCCCAAAUCAAGCAGACUCUGACACUCAAUUGGCUCCUCUGGAUCCUGUCACUUCAACCAAGUUUGACAAUAUAUACUUCAAGAACCUUGUGAACAAUUCUGGACUUCUACAGUCAGAUCAAGUGCUUAUGGGGAACAAUAGAACUGCUUCAAUGGUUUUUGGCUACAGCAAAUUACCUUUUCUGUUUUACAGGGACUUUGGGGCAUCAAUGGUGAAUAUGGCCAAUAUUGGUGUGCUCACAGGAAGCAAUGGAGAAAUCAGGAAAAACUGUAGGGCGGUGAAUAAAAAAACUACUGCCUAGUUGUUAGUGUGUGUGUGUGUUUUGUGUUAAAUACUUACAAUAUAUGCUCUUGAAAUCACACGUUUGGGCUAGUUUGGAAUUGCUUUCACUUUUUUAAAAAA